AUAAAAAACACGAAAACUUGUGUAUAUUUGAAUACAGAUCUCCAGCAUUCAUAAAACAUGAAUAGGCCAUACAAAUUUUCAAUCGGUGACGUUCAUUUUGUCGGCGCUUACACAAAAGAAACCGUUUUGGCAGCUCAAAAUUAUCAAGGUAGCCCUGACGAUAUUUAUUUGUCAACGUACCCUAGAUCAGGAACCACAUGGGUCCAAAACUUCUUAAUUGGGCUUGUAUAUGGCUGCGAUGCUUUGAGGGACACCAAAAACUUCGAUGAGAUAUUUCCUUAUUUGGAAGUGGAUUUAAACGGGGUUCGAGGCUAUGAAGAAGCUGAAAAAUCGUUAAGACGAGCCAGGCUGCUGAAGACUCACUUGCCGCCGCACAUGGCUCCUUCUCAAUUGGUCUUCGAGAACCGAAAGCAGAUUAUUGUCGUUCGCAACCCCAAAGACGUGGCCUUGAGUCUAUUCCAGUUCUACCAAAAGCAACCUGUUCUGAAAGCGGCCUUGGAAAACAAAGACCUGCGUGCCUUUCUAGACGACUUUCUGGUGGGAAAUGUGCUCUAUGGAAGCUGGUGGAACUGGAUAGAUGCCUGGCUCAGGAAAUAUUGGGCAAACAGCAUGCAUUACAAUUUUUCACCUCCUUGUUAAUAAAAAGUGUGAAACGAUCUGGAGUUUGACGAGCGUGUGAAAUAAAAGAUUCCGGCUUGCUUCAAAAAAGCUGACUAUUACUCACAAAAAAGUCACCGAUCUCAUCUUUGCGUUCUUUUCUCGGAAUUGAAAAUUUCUCAGAAGACGAUUUGACAGAUCUGAAGACUCUCACGUCUAUGCAAUCUAUUAAAGAUCGAUUGGAUUCCGACUGGAAAUUUAAGGACACUGGACUAAUUAAUAAAGGUCAAACCAACAGGUGGAAAGAUGAGUUUCCGGAAGGAUACGGGGAAAAGUUUGAUGAGUUGACCAGGAAAACUUUUGGCGAUUCGGACAUAGUUGAACGUUUUGUAUGAUUUAUUUGGGACAAAUGAUAUCAGACGAUACAAAGCGUUUGACUUCUCACUUAAAAUUUUU